AUGUACAAGGGUCGUUUGGUUACAAGUCAUGACAUUGGACUCCCUGGAGAGGCCCACUCGGUGGGCGUUCGUUGCUUGCGGCAGCGCCAGGUGCCUCGAGAAGGAAUCACAAACUCCAUCAAAGAUUUGCUGCCUGCUUGGCCGCCGCUCCAGGUGGAUCUUGAAGCUCGCUGCAGGGUGCAGGUGAGGCGUAACCAGCUGGUCAUUCUGACCUUGAAUCUGGGGGGUCUGACUAAACCGGGAUACGACGAGAUUCAGCAGUGGCGUCACUCUCCACAGGUUUGCAUGCAAGUGCACAUAGUGAUGUUGCAAGAAAUGUGGAGGCCUUCGGCAGAUUUUGUUGCUGGUCAGUGGACGUGGAUUCAGUCAGGACCUGUGAAGUCGUCACACCUAGGAGUUGCUGUGUUAAUCAAUCGGAGACUUGCCACUUCCAAGGAACUACGCACAGCGGAGCCUAUCAAAGGCCGCAUCCUGCGUGUGCUCAUCCCUGCAGCGGCUUCUCAUCCGCUCAGGCGCCGACCCAUCACAGUCAUAAGCGUUUACCAACAGGCUAGAAGUUCUGAGCAGCACGAAAUCUAUCAAAAACGCGAGAAGGUUUGGAGCAAACUCAAUCAGGUCGCAGCCUCGGUUCCCUUGAGACACUGGAUGAUCAUCGGUGGUGAUUUCAACACGCCGCUGCAGUCGCAUGAAUCUUGUACCGGUCAGGGAUUGGUGUCGUCUGCUGUCACGCCGGCUGAUCAUGAGCAGUUUGCUCAAUUCUUACAGGCCCAUCAGUUGUGUGCUCUCAACACCUUCUGCAGCGCCGCGGAUGCGGCCACAUAUGUAGGGCCUGAAAUUCGCACCCAGAUUGACUUCAUACUGUGUCGGCGAUCGCAGGCAGGCCGUACCGGUCGGCAAGCCAUUCCAAUUCCGCAGAUCCGCCUGUCGGCUUGGCGCACUGGGGCUGGGGCUCAGCAUCUUGUGGUCGGUGCCAUCCUCACUGACACCAGGUCGGAAUGGUCCAGGCAAGCCCUCCCUGAACGACUCGUUCAGGCACGACCUGAUGUGAACAGGAUGACGAGUGAACUUCAGCACUCCACUGCAGCCAGACAGGCCUAUCAUGAUUGUGUGCGACAGCACAUGCCUGCCACCAUCAGCUCCGAGAGCGACCUCAUGCUUGUGGACCAGGCACUGCAUCGAGCCGCAUGUCAGCUGUAUCCAUCCCAUCCCGUUAGUGCACAGCGAGCGUGGGAAACGCCGGAGGUUAGGCUGUGCCUGCGAAAUGUCUGGCGAGCGCGCGAGCGUCACCUUGCACUGAUGCGCACCGCCAGGGAGCGUGUGCAGCUUCGGGAUGACCACGGUGCAGUGCUGUCGGUUGAGGCCGAGCAGGAUGCCAUGUUGCAGCAUUGGACCAAGGUGUUUGAUCAUCGUAGCAUUCCUGUUCAGGACUGGGUUCUUUCUGAAGCCUUGGAUGUCAGCUGGGAUGAGGCGUGUCAGGCGAUGCGAAAGUUGUCGGCACGUAAGGCUGUUGCGCCAGGCUGUGCGCCGGGUGCGGCUUGGAAGUAUGCGCCGGAUGAGGUGGUAGAUUGUCUGCAAGCAUACAUGCAAGAUGUCUGGUCUCAAGGGGUGAUAGACUUGGAUCCUCGCUUAGCUAGGGCGUGGUUGCACUUUCUGACCAAAGCCGGUCGGUUGUGUCGCAAACCAGGCGACUUGCGGCCCAUUGCCCUCCAGCCGUCAGCUGGUAAAGUGCUGAGUGUUGUACUGUGUGCCAGACUCCAACCACAUGUCGAUGCGCUGGCACAGGCAUGGCCUCAAUUUGCAUACCUGCAGAGACGAGGCACCUCUGAAGCAAUCACUCGUGUUGUUGCCCAUUGCAGUGCCAUUCGGGCCCAGCUAAAGGAGCAACAGUGGGAUAUUCAUGCGAGGCAUGCUGGGGUCCAAGUUAAACCCUUUGUCGGAGGGGCUCAACUGUCAAUCGACAUGAGUCAAGCCUUCAAUCUCAUCCCAAGGGCGGAGAUGUGGCGUGCCUUGAUCUGGGCUCGUGUUCCGGAACCGCUUGUCCAGGCCAUUAUGCAGCUCCAUGAGUGCAGCAGCUACCAGUUGGGCCGCCCAGGUGAUGAAGAUACGGUGGCUCACAUUGCUGUGACCCGAGGGGUGAAACAGGGUGAUGUCAUUGCCCCGGCAUUAUGGGUUGUAUACUCCUGCUACGUCUGUUUUCGCACUGAUGAACUCUUAGGUGCGUCGUGGUGCGAUGAACAUGCCACCAUCUUUGCUGAUGAUCAUCACUUCAGUUGGACACUUUGA